GAGUCAUGGCAUGACUUUAGAGUUAUUAGUCACUUUCCAUUGCCACAACAGCGAUUUCAUUUUGUUGUGAUGUGGCUAUUUUGUUUCCUGGAUAGUGGAUGAUAUUUAUAUAUUGCGAGAAUUCAGUAAAUAACGAACAGAUCCAAAUACGAAAAUAUUCCUUGGCAGAAAGAAACCGGAGAAGAAACCACAAUGUCUAGAAGAGCACAACCAUUGUGGACAGCACCCAAAAACGAUGGGCGACCUGUUCUGAAACUUUUCAAUAGUUUAACUAGGCAGAAGGAAGCGUUUGUUCCCAUUUCUGGAAAAAGGGUGAAUUGGUACAGUUGUGGUCCAACUGUUUAUGAUUCUUCUCAUAUGGGCCAUGCAAGAUCUUAUAUUACAUUUGAUAUAUUGAGAAGAGUAUUAUCAGACUAUUUCGGUUAUGAUGUAUUUUACACCAUGAAUAUUACUGAUAUAGAUGAUAAAAUCAUAAAGAGGGCCAGACAAAACCAUUUGUUUGAAUGUUAUGUUAAUCAAGAACAUACUCUGGAAGAUGUGGUCAAAGAUUCUAAAGAAGUUUUUGAGAACUUGUCCAGCAGAGUGUAUUCCACAGAUGACCCAGAUAAGAAGCUAAUGUUUGAGAAACUUCUUGAAAAAGUUACAGCAUCUAUUGGAGAACUAGAAAAUGCAGUAAAAUGUGGUGAUGUAUCCAUUGUUGAUGAGUUGAAGAUAAAAUUCAUAAGAGAUUGUAAAGAUCCACUAUCAGAUUGGUUAGAUUUGAAACAUGGAUCCACUGUUGAGGACAAUGCUAUAUUCAGUUCACUCCCAAAACACUGGGAAGAAGAGUUUCAUAAAGACAUGGAUGCAUUGAAUGUUCUUCGCCCCAAUGUUUUGACAAGGGUUAGUGAAUAUAUUCCAGAAAUAAUAACUUUCAUUGAAACAAUUAUCCAACAUGGCUUUGCUUAUGAAUCAAAAGGUUCAGUUUAUUUUGAUGUAGCUGCAUUUGAUAAAAGAGAAAAACACCAUUAUGCCAAGUUAGUUCCAGAAGCUUAUGGAGAUACAAAUAGCUUGCAAGAAGGAGAAGGAGAUCUGACCACAGCAGAUCAAAGGAAUGAUAAACAUUCACCUAAUGAUUUUGCUUUAUGGAAGAACAGCAAACGUGGAGAACCAUCCUGGGAAUCUCCAUGGGGUCUUGGCAGACCAGGCUGGCAUAUUGAAUGUUCUGCAAUGGCAUCUGUUAUUUUUGGUUCUACUUUGGAUAUACACACUGGUGGAGUUGAUCUCAAAUUCCCACAUCAUGAUAAUGAAAUAGCCCAGAGUGAAGCCCAUUUUGGAAAUCCAGAUUGGGUGAAGUAUUUUCUACACUCUGGCCAUUUGACCAUUGCAGGAUGCAAAAUGUCAAAGUCCUUGAAAAACUUUGUCAGCAUUCAAGAUGCUCUUUCCAUGUAUAGUGCUAGACAGUUGCGCUUAGCUUUUCUUCUACACAGUUGGAGAGAUACCCUUGAUUAUAGUCCUAAUACAAUGGAGAUUGCCCUACAGUAUGAAAAAGUAUUCAGUGAAUUCUUUUUAAAUGUGAAAAAUAUUACAAGAAAUAAGUGUUUAUCCCAGAGAACCACAUAUGAUACAUUUUCUAAAUGGGCUGACCAAGAAAAAGUUUUGAAUGAACAAUUUUUGCUGGUCAAAGAAAUGGUACAUUCAGCUUUAUGUGAUAACAUAGAUACCAGAACAACAUUAGAUUCCUUGAGAGAUCUCAUUUCUAAAAGUAAUAUUUAUUUGAGAGAACAGAAGCCUGCAAAUUCUCUAUUAUUAUAUGAUAUUGCCUUGUAUGUCACCAAAAUGUUGAAGAUUUUUGGAGCUAUAUUUGAACCAGAUAUUAUAGGAUUUCCAGUUUCAAAUGGAACAUCCAAUAAUGUUGAAAGUACUAUACUACCUUAUCUCAGUAUUCUAGCUGAUUUUAGAGACAAAAUUAGAAUAAGUGCUAGGACAUUGAAAGCAACAGAAAUCCUCAAAGAAUGUGAUCAUUUGAGAGAUGAAAUUCUGCCAAAUGUGGGUGUCAGAUUAGAAGACAGAGAAGGAGAACCUAGUGCUGUAAAACUAGUGGAUAAGGAUACUUUGUUGAAAGAAAGGGAGGCCAAGAAGAAAGCAGAAAAUGAAAAAGCAGAGGAGAAGGAGAAGAAAAGGAUGGAGUUAGCUGCUGCUGCAGCUGCUAAAGAGGCUCUGAAGAAAAUUCCACCUAGUCAGAUGUUCAGAAGUGAAACUGACAAAUACUCUAAAUUUGAUGAACAUGGUUUUCCAUCACAUGAUGUGGAAGGAAAAGAAAUCAGUAAAGGGCAGCUCAAGAAGCUUCAAAAAUUGUAUCAAGCUCAAGAAAAAAAAUACCAAGAAUAUCUCACUUCUCAAAAUCCAUAAAAUUAUUUUAUUUCAAAUAGACAACUUCAUCUGAAAGACAUUUUGGCAUUUAUUAUAGAUAUUUAUUUUGAAAGUUAAUAAUAGAAAGUAUUUAUUAAAGAAUAAUUAUUG